CCCGGCGCGCGGGCCGGGGCCGAGGGGAGGCCCCUCCCCCGCAGCGAGGCGGCGCCGCCGACCCGGGAGCGGAGCAGGACGGGCCGCCGGGGCCCACGGCGGGCGACGAGCGCGGCCCGCGCGGACGGGUGACGGCGGGAAACGGGCCGGGCCGGGCGCGGCGGGGAUGGGGGCGGGGGGGCGGCGGCGGUACGGUUUUACUGCCGCGUAAUUGCCCCCUCCGCCCGCCGCCGUCAUGGCGACGGGGGAGCGGCCGCCACGUGACCGGGGCGGGGGCCGGGAGGGGCGCCGGCGCCACGUGACCGCCGGGGACGCGCGGCCUCGGAGCCGUUCCCGCGUCACGUGGUGCGGGCCCCGCCCCCGGCGCCCCGCGGCCCGUUCCGGUCACGUGCCCGCCCCGCCCGCCCCAUGGCCCCGGCGGCGGCCGCGGCCCGACCCCCGUAGCGCCGCCCGCGCUCGGAGCAGCUCCCGCCGCAGCCCGCACGCUCAUUGUAGCCACAAUGGCAACUUCAUCUGAAGAAGUGUUGCUGAUAGUGAAGAAGGUGCGUCAGAAGAAGCAGGAUGGGGCCCUGUACCUGAUGGCUGAGCGCAUUGCCUGGGCACCCGAGGGCAAGGACCGCUUCACCAUCAGCCACAUGUAUGCAGACAUCAAAUGCCAGAAAAUCAGUCCAGAAGGUAAAGCUAAAAUUCAGCUGCAGCUGGUAUUGCAUGCAGGGGACACAACCAACUUCCACUUCUCCAAUGAAAGCACAGCAGUGAAGGAGCGAGAUGCGGUCAAGGAUCUUCUUCAACAACUCUUGCCCAAGUUCAAAAGGAAAGCUAAUAAAGAACUUGAGGAGAAGAACAGAAUGCUGCAAGAAGAUCCCGUUUUGUUUCAGCUCUAUAAAGACCUCGUUGUGAGCCAAGUAAUCAGUGCUGAAGAAUUCUGGGCCAACCGUUUAAGCCUGAAUGCAGGGGAUAAUUCUGCAGCACCUAACAAGCAGGAUGUGGGCAUCUCUGCAGCAUUCCUGGCUGAUGUACGGCCUCAGACAGACGGCUGCAACGGGCUGAGGUACAACUUGACUUCGGAUAUUAUUGAAUCCAUAUUUCGGACAUACCCUGCAGUAAAAAUGAAAUAUGCAGAGAAUGUUCCACAUAACAUGACUGAGAGGGAAUUCUGGACACGAUUUUUUCAGUCUCAUUAUUUUCAUCGGGACAGGCUCAAUACAGGCUCAAAAGACCUCUUUGCAGAAUGUGCCAAACUGGAUGAGAAAGGGUUAAAAGCAAUGGUGUCUCAAGGAGUGAAAAACCCUCUGAUAGAUUUAACAGCUUUGGAAGAUAAAACAUUAGAUGAAGGCUAUGGUGUUGCUUCUGUGGCCUCUACAUCAAAUGCCUCAAAGUCUGCUAGGGAAAGCAGCAAUGCUGCCAUCAUAAAACGCUUUAAUCAUCAUAGUGCCAUGGUCCUUGCAGCUGGCCUCAGGAAACAAGAAGCACAAAAUGACCAUUACAGUGAGACCAGCAGUACGGAUGGAAACUCCAGGGAUUCAGAUUUCUUUCAGCCACCACUGAAAAAGGUAAAACUGCAGGAGGCCAUUGAAUACGAAGAUUUAUCAAAGAAUAAUAGCGUUAAAACUAUUGCACUAAACUUAAAGAAGUCUGAUAGGUAUUACCAUGGUCCAACUCCAAUUCAAUCACAGCAAUAUGCAACCAGUCAGGAUAUAAUUAAUUCAUUUCAUAGUAUUAGACAAGAAAUGGAAGCAUAUGUACCCAAACUAACUCAGGUUCUUUCAAGUGGUGAUGCUGCCAGCACUAUUGCAGUCCUGUCACCUGGAGGAGCACUUAUGCAGGGUGGAACACAGCAAGCCAUAAACCAGAUGGUGCCAAACGACAUUCAGUCUGAACUAAAACACUUGUAUGUGGCAGUAGGGGAACUGCUACGACACUUCUGGUCCUGCUUUCCUGUUAACACGCCAUUCCUAGAAGAAAAGGUUGUGAAAAUGAGGAGCAACUUGGAAAGAUUUCAGGUUACAAAGCUCUGCCCAUUCCAAGAAAAGAUUCGGAGACAAUAUUUAAGCACAAAUUUGGUAAGUCAUAUAGAAGAGAUGCUGCAGACAGCCUACAAUAAGUUCCACACGUGGCAGUCCCGGCGCAUGCUGAAGAAGACGUGAGGGCACAUCCUGUACAGUCUGAGAGCAAAGCCUGCAAUAGGGUAGGACUACAGCCUAGGUAUGUGCAGAUCUUAGAGUUGUUGCAGGAAGACCUGCAAGCUGUGGACUUCUGGAAACGAUGCUAACUGAACUUGCACAUUUUUGAAAAAAGAACUGAGAUUAAACUUGAAAACUGGGGAGAAAAACAAGGAAGAACCAAAACGGAAGAGCUGAGGCGCAAAUAUAUUUAAAAGACACUGUUUACUGCAGUUACUCAGGAACUGCUUUUGAUUUGCAUAAAAAGCUGCUUUCAGAAAUAAAAAAUUUAAAGAGGGUGUAUUAAUAAAAUUUGUUUUUCUGUCUAAUUUUUUUUAAGAAGUGUAUGGCACAGGGUAGAUCUCAAAAGUUUUUCUUCACUGGAUUCUGACAUUUUCUUGAAUUCUGUUUGUACUUCCUGCAACAGUUUAACAAUGAUGUUUUAAAACAUAGCUGAGACUGUUUUUGCUUCAAACAUCUGGGAGAGUGUAGCUGUCAGAAGACAAGCUCCUGCCAUAUGUUUCCCCACCAAUUGGAAGCAGGAGGCAUUGCACUGAAAGCUGUUCAUGGUCUGGGGUCCCUAAAGGUACACAGGGGCAAGCUUUUGCCUGAAGUCUUCGAUUUUUAUGCAAAAAAUUUUCAGCCAUCAGUUUUGCAUGUUUCCUUUUGAGUGCAAGUGUGUGCUACUGCAAUCUUUUUUUUUUUAAACGGUGGCAUUUGUUCUGAGGAGAGAAUGCAUUUUUAAAAAUGAAGUUAAAUAAAGUUUCUUACAAAAUAA